AUGAUGACCACCGUGCACUUCCUGGUGCAGGGCGGCAUCGCCUCGCUGCUGCUGCCACUCGUGGCUGCCCGCCUUGCCUGGCGCAACUACUUCGUGCGAGGUACGCCGUGUGGGUGGGAGGGAGUGGGCAUGGGCACGCUCGGGAGCUCAUGCAUGCACGUCCUGCAACUGUGCUGUUGUGCUGCGCCCCGUGUCCUGUUGUGCUGUGCCCCGUGUGCUAUUGUGCUGCGCCCCGUGUGCUGUGCCCCGUGUACUGCUUCACCCCAUGCGCUGCUGUGCCGUGCCACGUGCGUGCAUGCAGUGGUGCCCACGGGAGUCGCCACAUCGCUGGACAUUGCCCUCUCCAACCUCUACCUCGCGCUCGUCACCCUCACCUUCUACACCAUGCGCGGGUGUCUUCCUCCUCCUCUUUGCCUUCCUCUUCCGGUGAGCCACGCCACCGUGAUUGCCAUGCCAUCCUCACCGUGA